AUGGAUCAAGACCAAGUUGCUUUUCUCUUAGAACUGGAAGAUAAGUUGGCCAAAAUUAGGUCUCAAGUAACAUCUAAAUUGGAAAAUCAGAAACACGUUGCUAUAAUUUUAACUGCCGUUGAAGAAAAUAUUGCAGGCCAAGCUACAAAUGAUAUUUCAAAAAAUAUUGUAAAUUAUAUCAUUUCUUUUAUGUCACUAUUAGACCAGGCAGUAAACCCAUCUACUCAUGAAAUAAAAGACCUCAAUCUGGCUUCCUCGUCAACAUAUCUUUUGGAUCUGAUAUUCCAUUAUUCUCCUAAGCCAUUGUUAAGAUCGAAGUUCUCUGAAAUACUUACCAAAAUUGCACCAUGUAUCACCGCAGUAAAAGCGAAUGCCCCACUUAUCAGAGCCGCUAUUGGCUGCUUAGAAUCUCUUCUUAUUGCUCAAGAUGCGCAAGCUUGGAACAAUACUUACGAUCUAAAUGUCACCCCAAAGAGAGGGUUGCAAGGUAUACUUGAACUUUCGUUAGAUGUAAGACCAAAGGUUAGAAAGAGGGCGCUAGACGCAGUCCAUUCAGUCUUAUCAAAUCCUCCUGUUGCACCAACUGCAGAGCAUGUCGCGGCAGCUUUCGUAGCAGACUUCUGUGAUAAGCAAUUAGCAGGAAUUUUAAAUGAUUUAUCGAAUUUGUCGAAUAAACAAUUGAAAGCACAGAAAACAAAGGAAGACGUCAAUUCCGAUGUCAUGCGCUCCUUGAGAUUGGUUACUUCCGUUAUAUCUACUGGGCAAUGGCCAUCUUCACAGAUUGAGCCGCUUUGUGAUGUACUGUUAGGAGUCACUAAAAGCUCAGAGCAAUAUCUCGUUUCUGCGUCAUUUGAAUGUUUUGAGAGCAUGUUCAAAACUAUGGCAGAGACUACUGUUUCUUCUGGUUUGGCUGAAAAUAAAUAUCUAAGAGUCUUGGAUACAAUAUUUGCAUUGAAACCUUCAAAUGUAGAUACUUUGUUGACUAAGUCUUGGAUUGCUGUGUUAAUUAAAGGUAUGUCCACUUACGCAGUACAUCAGCCAUUGAAAGCAUUACGUAAGAUUCCUGCUGUGUUUCAUACAAUGUCCACUUAUUUAGCAAGUGAAACUCCAGAAGUCUACCAAGCCGCCUCUCAAUGUCUUAUCUCAAUCCUUUCCGACUCCAUUAAAGAUGAUUUGUUAUUGUAUACACCAAUUGUGAAUGAUAAAACUUUUAAAAAUGUAGAUGAAAUUAUCUGUCAAAUUGCAAAAUCUUUUAUUGACUUUUUAUCUAUAAAGUAUUCCCACUGUUCCAGAGAGAUUCUUAAGAUAUUGGUGGCAGCAUUUAAUAAAUUCAGAUAUAGAUCCAAUCCUCACUUUCUGAAAUCAUUGAAAAUAGUCGAUACAUGGAGAGUAAAUGAAGAGCAAUUUAUGGAUUUACGAAAUGAAAUUGAAUUAGUAAUUGGUGCCGCCAUUUCUGCUAUGGGCCCUGAAGUCAUACUCGCAGAGGCUCCUUUAAAUUUGGAUAAUCCAUCUACCGAAAGACCUGGCAGGGCUUGGUUAUUGCCGCUUAUCAGAGAUUAUACCAAAAAUGCAAAGCUUGCAACAUUUCAAAACGAAUUGGUACCAUACAUCAAAAGCUUUCAAUCUAAAUUCGAUAAAGUUCCCGAAGAAUCUAUUCAAUUGAGAGUUUUUCAAACCAUCGUUGAUCAAAUCUGGUCCACCUUACCACGUUUCUGUGAACUGCCAAUGGACUUGAGAGAAGCGUUCACUGAUGAAUUUGCCUCAGAACUAUCUUCUUUGUUAUACAGUGAUGUUGAAUUAAGGACUACUAUAUGUCACGCUUUAAAGGUUUUGGCUGAAAGUAAUGUCUCAUAUUCUGAAGGUUCCCAGUCUAACAAUGUUAUAUUGUUACAACGCUUUCCUAUUUCUGAGGCGCAGAAGAAUAUAGAGUACCUUUCGACUAAAACUACCAACCUUUUAGCAGUUUUGUUCAACGUUUAUACACAAACUACCCCUAAUGCAAGAAGUUAUAUCUUGGAAACAAUUGAUCUAUAUUUGAAGAUUACUUCAAAGGAAGAUUUGGAGAAAACUUUUAACAACGUGUGUGGUCUUUUGAAAAAUUCUAUGAAUGAAGAGAGUAGUGGAACUUCGAACAAAGAAAAGAAGAAGCCUCAAUUGACAGCGACACUGUUAGAUUUAAUCAUAUGCAUGAUAACGUACCUACCUGCAUCAUCUUAUUCUGCUUUAUUCUCCAUAUUUUCUCUCACCGUUAAUUCUACUGAUGCGUUGAUUCAAAAGAGAGCCUAUAGAAUUAUAACCAAGCUUUCUGAGUUGGAAUCUGGAUCGACGGCUGUUGCCCAAUUCAUCUCCGAUAUUGAAAAUGUCAUGGUAGAUAACACUUCCACUGUUCAAACAUCAGCCAAAGCAGCAAGAUUAGCGGCGAUCAGAACCAUAGUAGAUCUGUUACCUCUAGACCAUCUUGGUUUUAUUGUUAGAACCGUGGCUGAGGUUAUUUUGAGCACAAAGGAUGUGAAUGAAAAAUCUAGGGAAACAGCUUUUGAUACUUUAAUUAACAUGGGUAGGAAAAUGAAUGAGCCAAAUAGUAUUAUCAAACUCUCUCAAAUACCAGGUUACGAUCCCGCCACUCCAGAUCAGCUAUCAUCGAUAUCAGAGUUUUUUAAGAUUAUCUCUGCCGGUCUUAUUGGUGAAUCCCAACAUAUGGUUAGUAGUUCAAUUACGGGCUACGCAUGUUUGGUUUUUGAAUUUAAGAAUGAAAUCGACUCUGGCAUACUAAUGGAUAUAUAUGAUACCAUUGAACUUUACUUGACUUCCAAUUCUAGGGAAAUUGUAAAAAGCGCUAUUGGGUUUACAAAAGUUUGUGUUUUGGGCCUUCCAGAAGAACUUAUGAGGCCAAAAGUACCAGAAUUACUUCUAAAGUUAUUGAGGUGGUCUCAUGAACAUACUGGCCACUUCAAAGCCAAAGUUAAACAUAUUAUUGAAAGAUUAAUAAGGAGAUUUGGGUAUGACUAUAUUGAAGCUAACUUUCCUGAAGAAGAUAGAAAAUUGUUGACAAAUAUCAGAAAGAUGCGUAAUAGAAACAAGCGCAAGGACGAAGAAGUUUCUCCUGCCAAUGAAGUUAUCGAUAGAGCGACCACAAAAGGUUCUAGAUUCAUGUCUGCAUUUGACGAAGCUGUUUAUGGGUCCGAUAACGAAAAUGAUAGUGGAUUAGAUCAAGAUGAAAAGGCCACUGGUGGCAGAAGGAAGAACGGGCCAAAGCAGUUUAUUGUUGAAUCCGGUGAAAACCCAUUAGAUUUGUUAGAUUCUCAAACAUUAGCCCAUAUUUCAUCUACUAGACCAAAGAAAUUCAAUAAGAAUCAAAACAAGGCUAGAUUCAAUGACGAUGCGUUUAAUUUUGAUUCUGAAGGCAAGUUGGUAGUCAAAGGCAAACUUGGCCCCUCUACAAAUGUAGAUGAUCCAUUGAGUGCUGUAACAAGCGGAAUCAAUGCAUACUUAGAGGCUGUGAAGAGUGGACCUGUUAGAGGUCAAAGAAACAAGCUGAAAUUCAGGAAAAAUGGAAAAAACUCCGAUGAUUUUGGUGAUGAAGAUGACGAAAGGGACAGUAAGGCGAUGAGGGGAAGGGCAGAUGUAGGUAAAAAGGUUGGUAAGAAAGGUCCUAAAUUCAAAUCGAGAAAGAAAUUAUAG